GAGCGGGCCGGGCUGUGCCGUGCGCGGCCAUGGCGGUGCUGCUGGAGACCACGGUGGGCGACCUGGUCAUCGACUUGUACACGGAGGAGCGGCCCCGAGCUUGUCUGAAUUUCCUGAAGCUCUGCAAAGUCAAAUACUACAAUUAUUGUCUUAUUUAUAAUGUACAGAGGGAUUUUAUUAUACAAACUGGUGACCCCAUGGGAACUGGUCGUGGAGGGGAAUCCAUAUUUUGUCAACUGUAUGGUGAUCAAGCCAGAUUUUUUGAGGCAGAAAAGGUGCCAAGAAUCAAACACAAGAAGAAGGGAACUGUGUCAAUGGUGAACAAUGGCAGUGAUCAGCAUGGAUCACAGUUCCUCAUUACCACAGGGGAAAACCUGGAUUACCUUGAUGGUGUGCAUACAGUAUUUGGAGAAGUGACAGAAGGCAUGGAUGUAUUGAAGACAAUUAAUGAAACCUUUGUAGAUAAGGAUUUUAUCCCAUAUCAAGAUAUCAGGAUAAAUCAUACAGUAAUUUUAGAUGAUCCCUUUGAUGACCCACCUGGGCUGUGUGUUCCUGAUCGCUCACCAGAGCCUACAAAGGAGCAGCUUGAUAGUGGCAGAAUAGGAGCAGAUGAAGAAAUUGAUGACAUGAAAGGACGGACUGCAGAUGAAAUAGAGGAAGUUCAGGCAGAAAAAGAAGCAAAAACUCGUGCAAUUCUUUUGGAAAUGGUGGGAGACUUGCCAGAUGCAGACAUCAAGCCACCAGAAAAUGUGCUUUUUGUUUGUAAACUGAAUCCUGUGACCACAGGUGAAGACCUGGAGAUAAUAUUUUCACGAUUUGGUCCCAUUAAAAGUUGUGAAGUGAUCCGAGACUGGAAGACUGGUGAAUCUCUUUGUUAUGCUUUCAUUGAGUUUGAGAAGGAGGAAGACUGUGAGAAAGCCUACUUCAAAAUGGACAAUGUGCUGAUAGAUGACAGACGGAUACAUGUGGAUUUUAGCCAGUCUGUUGCAAAGAUUAAAUGGAAGGGAAAAGGUGGGCGGUAUACCAAGGAAGAUUUCAAGGACUAUGAGAAGGACCGUGACAAACCUUCAAAAUUUGCUCUGAAAGAAAAGGUAAAACCAAAGCAAGAUGCCAAGUAUGACCUUGUGCUGGAUGAAGAUGUAGAAGAGUCUCACACACGUCAGUCACACUUGGCUAAAAAACAGAAAAAGAAAAAGCACCACCACUCUGAAGAUGAAGAUGAUGACAAGAGGACCAAAAAAUCUAAGGACUCUGAGCGGAAGCACGAAGAACGCUGCAGGGAGAGGACCAAGAGUGAGAAGAAGGACAGGCACCGGAGCCGCAGCCGCUCUCAGGAGAGAGAUUCCUCUUACAGCAGGCAAAAAGACAAAUACAGAGAAGACAGCCGAGUAAGAGACUGGGAUAAAAAAGCAGACCGAAGCAGAAGUCCUAAGAAAUCAAAAGACAAAGAGAGGUCCAAGUACAGAUGAAGGAAAAGGAAAAUACAGAGGGGAACCAAAAGAAUAAAUUUAACUUUUUUCUUUUGUGUUAGUGUUUUUUCUGUACUACUUGCUGUAGUGUCUGACUGCAAUGUGCAGUAAGAUUUUACAGCUUGAUAAUGUUCAUUGGAACAUGAUCUGCUAAUUCUAAAAUUCAGGAUGAAUCACUGCAAAUUGCUCUGCUCUGUUCCUGUUCGUGGAUAGGGUAUUUCAGUGGACUGUGAAGAAAGAUAACUUCUUACUGAUUCUCUGGGAAGGCAGAUAUUUGAGGAACAUAAUCAGCUGAAAUUAUCCCGUGGCAGAAAAUUCCGACUAGGCAGGCCAGACGGGAUGACUAUAAUCUCCAGACCUAAGCUGACCAGGGAUACUGAGGGUAUUUAAUACGGGAAUGUGGUUUCCAACAGCAUCUGCCCUGUCUUUUCUUUGUUAAAAACAAAGCUGGAGUCCAACAUCUUUGGUGCUUGUGGUAAUUAGAAAACAGAACCAAAAAACUCCACCUUCCUGUAAUGUUGAAAAUAACACAGAAAAUGCUGUAGCAGAAGCAUCAGCUUCUUCACUUUUACGUAGCUGAGGCCUGUUUGAAGGGGAAUGCCUUGUGCUUUGAGGCUCUUUGUUCCUUAGUUGAAGGCUUAGAAGCCAGCUCCUCAGCUUUCUAUUGGAUUCCUUUACUUGCAACAGCUUAAAAAUGUGAUGGAGACUCUAAAUUUUUUAUUAUAUGGAUUUGAGUAAGUUUGAGACCUAUUUUGAUGUCACACAUUAUAGUUCCUUUAGUUCUUUGUAAUCUUGAGCUUGAGUCCUAGACUUAAAGUGGGCUUGACCAAAUAUAGGGUGUGUACUUGGCUAAGAAGCUGCCUUUUGAUCUCUUUUGUGUCCUUCAAAGCAUAGAUCUAGAAAUCCAGGGCUUCCACAGCUGUCUCCUGGCAAAACAUUUCUAACUUCCUGAGACCCUACAGGGGCUGGUGCCAUCCUUGCAGAGUCUGAGCGAGAGCCCUCUGUCCCAGAGGAGAGGUCAAAGGGAAGCCUGUUCCUGGAAGUCUCCUGGGGAAUCUGGGGCUGAGGACUGCUCACAAUUCCUGUCAAGAAAAUUUCUGCCUUCUGUCUGGGCAUAACAAGGUUCCAAGGAACUGUACUAGGUCAGGCUAUGGUGCCUUUGGAGUAGCGCUGUGGAGGCAGUAGGUUGUCUCAAGUUCUCCUGCUCUUGGCCUGCUCUGUUAAAGAAACAAUGGUUGCACUGUCAUACCGUUCUCAGUCCUGCUGUCCUUCUCCACACAACAUUUUUAACUUGGGAGAAGCACUGGCCAGAUUUGACAAGGAUGUGGAGAUAGUGAGGUGAUUGCAUUCUUGCUUUCUGUAGGAAAUGGCAGUCAUAGGAACAAACUAAACCUUCCAGUUGGGGAGAAUGCUGGAUUCUUGCUGAACGUCACAGGUCCUCUUACUGGAGAGUUGUGGCUUAACAUCAUAAAGAGUUUUAGCAGCCAUUUCUAGGCUUCAGCUAGCCCUCAACCACUUGUGGGACAUACAGAACUUACCAAUGUUUAGAAACAAACACCUUAUUUCAGGUGAAUGUGCUCACUUUUCUGCAGCAGAAAUGGCUUUUCUUAGCAGCAGGUAAAUGCUUAAGAGCUGAAAGUUUAAAUCAGUAUUAUAUGGAAGUAAAUAGUCCAUUUUCAUUGUUGGCCAAAGAGUCUUCAGAACUACGGGUUAAAAAAAUCAGUACAUCCAAAAGCUUUCAAAUUUCUAAUUUUCAAUGUGCCUUGGUUCUGUUAAAAAUGCACAGUAUCUUCAGAUUAGUGAAAUUACCUGUUUAUAUUUUUAAAGAGGAAGCUUUCAAAUGUGGAUGUUCAAAAAUAAGGUAAUAUUAAUAGGUGAUUAAAUGACAGUAUAAAUGCUCCCAAUUUGGGGGCAAGUACAUAAUACUAGGGCUGCAUUUCUAGGCUAGUCUGCUGACACUGGAGGGAUUGCAGCUCACCUGGCACAUGGACAGCAAAGUACUUGGGUUAGAUGGGAUUUACUCCUCCCAUCAUUGGAAAUUAUGGUUGUGUACAUGGGUUCUUCUGGGAAUGGCACGAAAAACAUUUCCUGCUGUGCCUGUCCAGCCAGAGGUGUUGGAGUGGACAGGACUUUAUAACCUGGGAACUGAGGAGUUGAUUUUUUUAAUCUAAUGAGAAGUCACACUUCCCUGUCAUUCCCUUUUCGUCAAUGCUUUCUCCAGCCUCAGUUUCGCUAUUGACCUUUGGUGCUUGUGGUGGUUGAAAAACAGAACCAAAAACCCACCUUCUUCUAUAAUGUUGAAAAUAGCAUUGAAAGUGUAAUAGAAGCAUCAACUUCUUCACUUUGACUUAGCUGAUGCUUGUUUGAAGGGGAACACCUCAUGCUUUAGGGCUCUUUGUUCAGUGGUUAAAGGCUUAAAAAACAGUUCCUCAGAGUUUUCUAUUGGAUUCCUUUACCUACAACAGCUUAAAAAUGUGAUGUAGACUCUAAAACUGUUUUAUUCUGUGGAUUUCAGUAAGCUUGUGACAGUUUUGCUGUCACAUGUUGUAGUUUCUUAAUUCUUGGUAGGUCCCUUGAAUUUGAGUCCUAGACUUGGAAUGGACUUGGCCAAAACCAUGUUAUGAAUAGGAUCUGGUGGCAGAGCACUAAAGGCAAGUGGGAGGAGGGUAGGUUGCGCCAGAGAUCUCUCUCUAAUCCCACGGACAUCACGCAAGUCAGUGGAAGUAGCAUAAAUGUUGUAUCCAAGUGGUUGACAUUGCAGGAUGGGAGUUACCCAAACCCAGUCGUGGUACCCCUGUAUUCUCUGGAGAUAAAGCUCUGCCUGCUCCCUUCCGCUUGUCAAAACCACACCCCACCCUAACAACCACACAAGCAAACCAAACCAAAUUCUCCCCCACUCCCCUCAUCUAUUAGUUAUUUGGAUAAGCAUUUUAAAAUUUCCAAGAAGUUUAGAACAAUUUCUGAUUCUGUUGCUGCUGUUAUCUUUGUCCAUCUCACUCUCCUGUAGCCUGAUUUAUUUUCAUGUAAAACUUGUUGGCAACAGGAUUACAAGUUUUGCUUGUAAGCUUCCUGGAGCAUGGGUAAUCUCUCUCCUUUUCUAUCAGUCACCUGUUGCACACAGAGGAGGUGCAAGCAAUUUGAAAAAUGUUAAAUUACAGUAAAAUUUGUGUAAAUACUUGCUUCAGGGCGGUGUUUUUGUGUAAAAUGCUUGGUCUAGCCACUGAUGGAAUGUGCUUUUUCUCAGUGAGCAAGCCACUAUCACUUUGGUUAAAUGUGGCAGCUCUGUUAAAAGGUACCAGCAAACUGUGUGUUGGUUUAGGUUUUACAAGCUUACAAUAAAUCAUUGAAGCUGAAAGACAGUUCCAAGAGCCUUCUGAAAUCUUAACCUGAACGGCAGUAAACUUUUGAACUUGAAACUUGUUUGGGACUUUCUGACUCUGUAAAAGGUACUUUUUUAUUUUAAACCCAGUGGAAAACAAGUUGAGUCAUAGCAGUAUCUUGUUAUAUAAAAGGAGGAAAAAUAGAUAUUUUAGA